UUAUGCGUGGGUCAGUAACGGUCGACAUCAGUAACCAUGAAGAUGUGGUUGUGGACGGUUGUGCUUCUAGCGGUCACUACACUGACGUUCUGCACGCCGCUUAUAAAUGAACUUGAACCGGGAAAAGAUUGGCCAAAGCGUGGUUCAGUGAAACAGCCACAAGAUGAACCGGAAAUUACGGAGAUCUCAACAGAAGUACCAUCAAAUACCGAUUUUAAAGAAGGAACCCCGGUUGAAUUUGGAGAUGAAAUUGAAGAAGAAAUUGCAAUACUUGCGAAAGCGGCUGAGGUCACCGAUACUAAAGUAGACUAUUCGGGCGCACAGGUGUGGAAAGUUUCUACGGAGAAAACUGGUGUUCGAGCAACUCUAGGAAGACUGCGUCGUAGAAACCUAAUAUCUACUUGGGCCGGUAACCAGACAUACUUGGACGUUUUCGUAAAAUCAAAUGCUUUACAAAAUGUAACAAGAAUCAUGAAAAGAGAAAACAUUACAUUUCAUAUAGUAAUUGACGAUUUACAAAAGAGAAUAAACGAAGAAAAUCCACCACUCGAUGAGAAUGAAAUCGAGCUUCAGGACAGACGAGGUCAUCGUAUGACGUGGAAACAAUAUCAUAGGCUCGAAGAUAUUCAUGGUUUUAUGGACUACCUAGCUAAAACAUACCCAAAAAUUAUUAGCGUUAAUACUAUCGGGACGUCUUAUGAAGGAAGAGAUCUUAAGGUGUUGCGUAUAUCUGAUGGGAAACCGACAAACAAAGCGGUGUUUAUUGAUGGAGGAAUACACGCGCGUGAAUGGAUAAGUCCAGCGACCGUCACGUAUUUAAUCAAUCAAAUUGCUGAGAACUUUGAUGAAGAAUCCGAUGAUAUUAGGAACAUUGAUUGGUAUAUACUUCCGGUCGUCAACCCAGAUGGAUAUGAAUACACGCAUGUUAAAGAUCGCUUAUGGCGGAAAAAUAGAAAACCAACUAUUGGAACAAGGGCAUGUGUCGGCGCUGACCUCAACAGAAACUUCGGUUAUCGCUGGGGCGGAAAAGGGGCAUCUAGUAACCCUUGCAGUGAUAUUUAUCGGGGUGCCAGAGCUUUCUCUGAACCUGAAUCCAAAGCUGUCUCAGAAUUCAUCAAAAACAGUGCUGCCAAUUUCUCAGCUUAUUUGACAUACCACAGUUAUGGGCAAUAUCUACUUUAUCCAUGGGGCUAUGACACUGCUGUCCCCCCAGAUCACAAAGAAUUAGACGUUGUAGGAAAAAGCAUAGCCGCAGCUAUUGAGAAUACAGGAGGGUCAAAAUACUCAGUAGGUUCAUCAAGUGGACUUCUCUACCCCGCAUCGGGGGGCUCUGAUGAUUGGGCUAAGGCACAAGGAAUAAAAUAUGCAUUUACAAUUGAACUAAGUGACACGGGACGAUACGGUUUCAUCUUGCCUACAUCUUUCAUUGAGCCUGUUGCCAGAGAGUCCCUGGCUGGAGUCAGAGUACUUGCCAGUCAAAUUCAUAAGCUCUAAAUACUACAUUUAAUUCUAUGGAUGUAUUUAUUUUAACAUAAGAUGUGAUAUCAUGUUUGAUAAUGUGUUGUAAAACAUUAAUUUAUUAUUUAAAAAAUGUACUUAAGUAUUUUAAUAUAGAUUUU